CUUGAUGGAUCUUUGUAGCUAACCAGUCAGACUGCUUGUUGGCUUCUCGGCGCUGUCUCGUCGGUCCUGUCAACAACACUGCAACCUGAGACGGGAUAGCCAGUCAUUUGGCUAGCUGAGUAAACCAGCUAAGUUAGCCACACUGCUAGCCUCUGUAUUAACUAACCACCGCAGCUCCGGGACUACCGUGCAAAGUUGGCUGAAUAUAACCCAGUUUGGAGUUGAUUCGACGGUGGCAAAGGGGGAAAAAACCCCAUUUCUCCGUUUGCAUCUUCAACCCGGUCCCCCUUGUGUGCUAUGACAUCGUGGCUUGGCUACAACAAAGACCCAAGCUCUUCCGCAGACGGUUAACAUCUGCCAAGGAUGGCUGCUCAGGUGGAGGUUCAGACCGGUGAGGUCGGGGGAACCGGGGCAGGAGGACGACUCCACCUCAGUCCCUUGACUGACGCCAGCAAUAAGAACGUCAUUGAAAUGCCGUCUAUCGAGUUGGAAUCCAACAAACCUGCCCCAAACCCUAAGCCUCGGCUCACGCCCAAGCCGUUCGCUGUGGAGAAAAACCCCACCAUUAAGCCCAUACUCGCCCCCAAACCCCGCCCAGAGCCCACUCGCAUUUCUGGGUCCAAACCGGAUCUGCCAAACACACCGAAACCAACAGCGAGGCUAGUGUCCACCAACCCCAACCGUCCUGCUGCUACUUCCUUCAGAACACCGAAUUCAUUGAAAACUGGCCAGACAACCAAGCCUGUGAUCCAGCCUUUUAAACCGGUCCCUCCUCUUGAUCCCGUGGAGCCCAGUAAAUCAAGCCGCCCCAUCCCGACCGGGAGGCAAAAACCUGCUGCGUUGAACUUGGCCUAUUCCAAGAGUCUUAAAACAUAUUCGGCAGCUGAGUGGUCUGGAACCACUUCAGUCAAAAAUGAGAGUGGUGAGAGCAAGGAAGGAUCUAUGACCAGAGCUAAAUCGAUGGAGUUUCUUGCUGCAAUAGGGCAGGACGAAGAAGCAAAAACCAAAUUUCCUCCUGAAGCAGCAGUGCAACUGAGAACGCAGCCCAGGAAACCCAGACCCUUUUCGGCUAUUUUUCCUGCUGCACCGGCUAAAACUGAGACACCCGUCCCUGCUCCUCGCUGGGUAGCGAGGCGACCCCUUUCAGCCGAUCUCACGUCUAAGUUUGAGUCUAUCGGUCUGUCUCUGCACCAGAAAAGCCCCAAAGCGAACACUCCACCGGAUCAGGACCAAGAACAAGAGAAAACUCCUCCCAGCGCAACAUCAGACAGUGCUGACGGCGUUGCUGAUCAAACUCACUCCAAGCAAAAAGCGGAAGAAACUGCUGCGAAGGACGGUGAGGACGUUAAGCCGGUGGCGAGCAUCAAGUCUCGGAUAAGUCUCCUCCUCGAUGCAUCGUCCUCUCCAGGCGCGGCGGCCGAUCCGGUGCAGCCGGUUCCAGAGGCGGAAUCGUCCGUGGGCGUGAAGCAGCUCAUCAAGCAACUGACCGUGGAUACCACGCCAAGUCCGAUCCCCGCUGUGAAGCCGGUGUUGAAGCCCCGCCCGUUGCCUCUGGAUCGCACCAAAAAGUUUUCAUCCGAGCGCUCACCAGACCCUGAGGGAACGGAUCGACAUGACAUCAGCAAAGAGUCUCAGAGAGGGGCCGAGGAAUCAACAACCACUCCCAACGACCACAAGACGUUCCUGGAUUUCAAGGAUUCCCCUUUAGAGUCCAGAAAGGGUCUCGCACCUGAAGGGUCGGAAGCAGGACUGCCGUGGGCUCAUCCUAAGGAAAGCAGUUCUGGUGCCGAGUUGCACACAGUGCGAGCUUCCUUGUUUGAGAACAUUGUGGAGAGGCAGAGUGUGUUCCUGAUGGACCAGGAUGAAUCACCCAAGAAUGGUGGUGUGUUCUUUGCGAGAGGAAAUGAAGAGGAGGAGGAUGAUGGAUCCCUCGUUACGGCCACCUACAGGGAACCCGUGUCCCCCUCGGAUUCGUUCCGGGUCUCACACGCCUUCGACACGAUCCAGGCGGCUGAAGAGAACCGAGCAGUGAGUGAGAGCGUCCCGGCGGCCCAGUGGGAAGACAAGGCCAUGACGCUCCGCACCAGGCGCUCAGAACGAGCCAGGCCGGCCGUACAGAUGGCCGACCCGUCGCCGCGGUACCUCAGAGUGGGGGCUUUGCACAAGUGGACCACUACCAGUUUCGAUCAGGGGGAAGGUUCGCAUAAAGGGAUCCCGCAGGAAUCGGAAAGCGAGGGGCGAGCAGGUUUGGAGAAAGACCAGGAUGUAGCCGCCCCUAAACGUUUAAAAAUACUGCAGGGAGAAGAGCCGCAGAAACCCAAGGCCACCUACUUUGCUUUGACUGGACAGAUGCAAGAUACAGCAUCUCCCGGAGAGGUGGGAUCAAGCCUCGCUGGUGCCAAUCUGCACUUCAAUGAUCUACCUGUGAGGUCAGCUAUGGGGGGCUCACAGGGACAAAUCUAUUCAGCCAGGAGGAACCCUUCUCUAGAAAAAGCGUUUGGGCAAAUCUCCCCCACUCAAGAGAAGUUUGACGAACUAAUGCAGAGGAACACCGUCCCGUCCAUGGAGAUCAGCUCCCAGAUGGAGGAACAAACCAAAGCAGAUGUAAUGGAAUUAAAAAAGACAAAAGAGCAACAGGAGAGAGAAAGACACCUGGCUAAGAUGAAUGAGCACGAGGAGCAAGCACAAGUAGACUUUGAAAGAAUGAAGGAGUUGGAGAGACAGCGAGAGUUUGAACGACAAAGGCAAAAAGUGUUUGAAAAGGAGAAGAGAGAACUUGAGGAGGAGCGGCAUAGACAAAAACUCGAGAUGGAGAAACAGAAACGGCAAGAACUGGAGAGGGAGCGACAGCGUCAACUCCAGAAAGAACAAGAGAGGCAAAAAGAGAUGGAGAGGGAGCGUGAAAAGGAGAAGCAGAAAGAAAUGGAGAUGCAGAGUCUUAGAGAAAAGGCUGAGAAGGAGGCCGAAAAAUCGAGACAGAUGGCGUUAGAGCAGGAAAUGCUGAAGAUGAAAGAGCUUGAGAAAAGAGCUAUACAAAAGGAGAGGGAGAUGGAGAUGGAAAGGAAGAGAGAGCUGGAAAAACAGAGACAAAGGGAGAUGGAAAAGGAGAAGAGACAGCAAGACUUGGAGAGACAGCAGUUGGAGAAAGAGAGACUGAGAAAAGAACAGGAGAACGAAAGGAAGAGGAAAGAGGAGUUAGAAAAACUCAAAGAGAUGGAGAGACAGCAGCUAGUUGAGCUAGAGAAGCAGAGAUCAAGAGAGAGGGCAGAAAAAGAGGCAGAGAGAUUAAGACAGAUGGCUCUGGAGCAGGAAAGUCUGAGAAUAAGGGAGCUUGAAAGAGAGAAAGAAAGGCAGUGUGAGUUGGAGAUUCAGAUGGAAAAGGAGAGGGAGUUGGAGAAACAGAGGCAGAAACAGCUAGACAUGGAGAGAGAGCAGUUGGAGAAUGAGAGGCUGAAACGAGAGCAGGAAAGGAAGAGGAGGGAGGAGUACGAAAGGCUCAAAGAGAUGGAGAAGCAGCAGCUAGUUGAGCUGGAAAAGCAGAGACUGAGAGAAAAGGAAGAGAAAGAGGCUGAAAAAUUAAGACAGAUGGCUUUGGAGCAGGAAGUGUUGAAGAUAAAAGAGCUUGAGAAGGAGCGAGCGAAACAGAGGGAGUUGGAGAUCGAGCGUCAGAUGGGGAUUGAGACGAGAGAGAGGGAGAAACGGAGGCAGAGGGAGUUGGAAAAGGAGAAGCAGAAGCAGAGGCAGCUGGACCUCGAGAGGCAGCAGUUCGAGCAUGAGCGGCUGAGACGAGAACAGGAGAAGGACCGGCAGAGGAAGGAGCUGGAGAUAGAGAAACAUAAAGCAAAGGAAAAGCUGGAAAAGGCAGAGGCGGAGAAAAUGAGGCACAUAGCCAAGCAACAAGAAUUGGAGAGGCAGCGACUGAAGGAGAAGCAGAAGGAGGAGGGGCAGGAGAGGCUGUGGUUGGAGUCGUCCACUCUGAGACCCAAAGUUCUGGACCUGGACUCUGUCCUCAGAAGUGACCUGCUGUCUCCGGCGUCUCCCCAGCACGGUGACGCCUCACCACGAUGGAGGGAGCCAUAUAAACCUGUGAUUCUUGACAUCGACUCCUUUACGUCUCACGCUCAAGGCUCACCGAGCAAAGACUCGCUUCCUGCUUCUGGUAUUACGGGACUAGAUGCUGAGUUUGGGGUUUGGUUGCAACCCACGCCCGAAAGAGACGUCAGCUGGAAAGUUCCGGCGCAGACUUCAGCAGGUUUCUCGAGUCCGGUGUGGACAAUGUCCCCUCAGGAUCCGUGGGAGCUGCGGCCCGUUGAGAUGUCGGUGGACAAACCAGUGAUGGAACCCAAGAGAGUGUCCAACAAGCUCAGCCCAGAACAACUUCUCCUCAAACCUGAGGAGAGGCAUCCCAGCCCACAACGGCACAGGCCCGCUUUCCUGGAUGAGCCUCUCUUCUUGUCUCCUCUUUCAGGGAAAGAGCAACAAUCGAGGAACUCUCUUUAUGAACUUUCCCAUAGUAGCCUCGGAGAGCAGAUCUGGAUCCCAAGAGAGCCCCAGCCUCCAAAAGAAAGGAGAGACGCCCACGGCCACAGGAGAUCCCACGGAUCCCAGGAGCUGAAUCGGAUGCGCUCCCGGAGCAUGUCGAGGAGAUCGGCUCCUUCCAGCAGCGCCGUGGAGGGAAGUCUCCUCAGGAUGAGGAGCCGCAGCGCCCACCGAGAGCUGGACCAUCACAGUUCGGUGCAGCAGAAGCAGAGCAGCGAAGCAGACUCAGGAACUCCUGUUCGCGACACAGACAGUCAGUAUGGGACCUGGGAAACAGAACUGCGCACUGACGACAGCCUCACACCUGCCACUCCAAGUUCAGAAAGCAAUCUCAGCCCCUCACCGAGGAAGCCCACUCCUCUGCCCUCACCAGGCGGUCAGACCUCGCAGUCAGAGACCAGCACGACGGACGGCCCGUCUCCCUCCUCCUCUGACAGCCAGCCACUUGAUUUCCCCAAUGCUCCAACGACGCUGCUGGAUAACAGCGCUCUGCGCUCUCGAGUCCAGCUGGGGAAGAAACGAGCCCAGCGCGUUCGGCCGUCCAAGGCGGCCCGGCCGAGCGCGGCGUCGGCUCAGGGAGACGGUGGAGACGCAGACAGCUGGCUUUACAGAGACUCAACAGAGGCGAAGGCGGAGAGUAAAAACGACGACUCCGAGUCCGAGGAGCCGGCCAAGCGAGCUGAGGCGGGGCCCGCCGGUCCCCCUCAGCCACAGAGGGUCGCUCUGUUCCCAGGAGUCGACCCUUCUGCUUUAAAGGCCCAGCUUAAGAAGAGGGCCGACUCUGACAAUCAAACCGACGGUCCGCUUCCCUCUCCCUCCCAGCAGUCCCGCUCACCCAAGUCUCCAUUCCUCCCCCGCGCGGCGCGUGUGCUGCCCCCACCUGGUGGGAAAGAAAACGGCCAGGAGGACUCCCCGCAGUGGCUGAAGGAGCUCAAAUCCAAGAAGCGCUUGAGUCACCUUGAGAAUGAAAGCUAAGUAAACAAAGAGGUUGCCUUAACAGAUGAAUCUGUAAGAAAAAAAAAAGCCUUAACAUUGGAUCCAGAGAGGAGAAGUGGAUCUACAGCUGCUGAUAUACUUUUUUUUUUUUCACGAAUUACUUAUUUUUCUCCCUUCCUGGGUUGCUAAAUGUGCAUGGUGCCUUUUUUCUUUUUUUAAUUGAAAAUCUAUUACGGUAAAAAGGAAAACAAGCAAGGACGACUUCACACUCGAACCCAUUGAGAUCCUGCUGACGAACUCUCUCCUCGGGAGAAACGAGGACGACGGAGAAUAAAAGACGCCGCAUUUCAGGAGACACUGAAACUCGAGGGACGGCGAUGCGGCGCCAUCGCCCGCGAGAGCGUUCACGACGGUCACACAAUCAUUGCCAUAAGAAAACAUUUCAGACAACUAAUGAGGUUUUGAACAUGGAGAACAAAUCGUCGCCGGCUGACUCGUCAGCGGGAACGUGUCAAUAGAAGAUGUUAUAUUUGUAUCCGAGAGCUAGUUUUCGAGGAACGUAAACGGUAAGAUGCGUCACUACAUUAGAGGCUCCUCAGAUUUUUACUCUGACACACUCCACAGCCUCAAGAGUCGCUGCAUAUUGUAUAUAGUGUUUGUUUUUUUUGUUGUUGUUGUUGAUGAGGGAUUGGGGGCUUUUGGACAAGCGGCCUUCCAUCUGUCAAUCAUGCACAAAACAAAUCAGCACAAAUGCGUUAUGAGUCGACCCGUUUCUCCUCCUCUAACGGACUGAAGCGUAACGGCUACAAGCGUCCGAUAUAAGCCAUACCGUCGCCUGGUUUCUCUCGCAUCUAUCAUGCGUUUCCAACAGAUGUGCAAUCGUCCCACUGUUUGGUCCCCAUUCGGUUCGCAUGCACAAUCUUUCCUGUCUCAUCAGGGCGUUGGCUCAAACCUCUCACUACGCUACCUUCUGUGAUUUUGUUUCUUCUUCUUUUGCUCCAAUCAAAUGUGAACAUUUUUUUAAGCGGCCUCCCCCUUAUUACUCUCCCACAAAGCACUUUUGUCACUUGAUGCACUACAGCACUCGACGUCUGCCUACCUGACCCCCUGACCCCUCUUCUCGUCGGCCAUGUCCUCUGUUUUCGUUCAGCUCGCUCGUGUAAAUGCAAGUGGAUAUGUCGAUGGAGGCUUUCUGAGUGAUUGAACCUGGUUUUGGAUAUAUGUAAAAUUAUUUUGUUAUGGAUUUUGAGGGGUUUAUUUUUUACGUUUUUCUUUUUUCUUCUUUUUUUUUAUUUGAAAGUAUGUUUAUUACACUCUGAGUUGUACUGGCCAGUGUCCUAAAGCAAAUAAAUUCUUAAUAAAACAUUUACUUGACUUGA